AUGGCACAAAUACAUUCAUAUUAUAUUACCAAUGCAAGUGAGCUAAAUUAUAUUAAUCAAGAAAUUUCUGAUGACGAAUUAGAAAACACUAUAGCUGAUGUUAUUUAUGCAAUGUUUGCUGAAACUGAUUUGUUUAAUAAUGAAGAAGAUGAACAAGUAUCAUCUAAUAUUGAUAUAGAUAAUUCAUUUAGUAAUACAGAUAUAAUGCUUGAGAAUAUUAUUGAUAUUGCUUCAAUUUUAGAUAAUUUAGAUGAACCUGAAGAGGAAAUCGAUCAUGGAACAACAAAUUUUGAUAUCGAUGCAAUGUUAGAUGAUGCUAGUCUAGAAUAG